UCUCCCAUAAUGAUGAUAGAGAAAAUAAGAGCAACAUUGAUCUCCUUGCCGCUAAAAUCACCAAUGGCUACAUCGAAGAUUAUACUGUCAAUCAUUCUGCUGCUAUGGCGAUACGUCAAUGCAGAUGUUUGCGAUGGCUUUUUCAAGAUGCCGAAUUCAAUGCUGAAGGGUCAUGUGAUUGAGACAAUAACAGCAACCGAGAAAGACUGUCGAGCGAUAUGCAGGCGCAACAGCGCUUGUAACUCGAUCAACUUCAUCCGUAAAACGUCGCAAUGUGAGUUGAAUAGCGAUACCCAUUUUGCGUUCCCUGAACAUUUCAUUCCUGGCAGAGCACCUGGCGCGUACUACGCUAUAGUGAAACCAGUGACCAAGUGCAGUAACAUGUUCUGUAGCAGUGGUAUGACGUGCAAGAUGCGAGAAGGCGGAGAGACAUACAAGUGUGAAGAUUUGAAUGAGUGCGAGACCUCAAAUCCUUGCCAUGUGAACGCCACGUGCACAAACACCAUGGGCUCAUACGAAUGCUUGUGCAAGCCCGGUUUCAAUGGGGACGGUUUCACCUGUAGCGAUAAAGUGGCAUGUUCUUCAAGUCCCUGUCAGAAUGGUGGAAGUUGUGCUGAAAAGGGUAGUGGUCUUUACGGGUGCACCUGCGCCUCUGGAUACACAGGGGCAAACUGCGAAACAGCAGUGACAUCUGGUGUUGGAUGCGUAUUGCACUUCACAACCAAAAGUACAUCCAACUAUAUCCAACUCGACCAGCCGUUUCGUUGGUUUGGUAAAUUUUCAGUAUCAGUGUGGCUGAAAAUGGAUGCAGAUGACCAUAUUGACCCCGCUAUGAUACUCUCGUACGCAACGGCCUCGAACGUGGAAGCACUAUUAAUCGGUAUUAAGAAGGAUGGUGUCGCGGAGAUCAAGUUUGCUGGAGCAGGAGCGUUACUCGCAUCGGGCUUUACCCGUGACAACACUUGGCAGCAUCUAGUGUUUUAUUAUAGAGAUGGCAAGUUCCAAGUUUACAAGAAUAAUGUCUUACAAGAGGAGAAAGAAGUUUCAGGUGUGGCUUCCUUAGACCCGGCAGGUAGUAUCUUAGUGAUUGGCCAACAUCAGGGAUCUCUUGGAGCAAACUUUGACCCUUCAAAGCUGUUCUACGGCUACAUGGCGAACCUAAAUAUCUGGGCAAAUGUACUAAAUGAUUUUAAUAGGGGCAAAGUGUACGAGCAAGGGUGUACAGGCUCAGUUGACGGCAACCCAGCCUUGUCAUGGGGGACAAUUACCGGUAAAACGCUAUUGGGCAACAUACAACCACAAUGCGCACUAACAUGCCCUUAAACGUCAAAACGGUUUGAUUGACAAUGCACUGUUCUCAAUACGAGAAAUGGGCGUUCACGAUUUCCUCCUCCUGCCUAGUGCACACUAGUGACAUAACAACAUAGGCGCGCGCACUCUUUUAAGCCCGACAUAACGACAUGGACAUUAUGACAUAAAAGA